AUGGGGGUUGAUGCGCUGCCUAAUAAGAAGCAAGUGGUCAGAAAAUGCAGGUUUAACGUGCACCGGUACAUUGUGCAGCAGCAAACGCCGUUGGAUGACGUGCUGCCAUUGGUACAGAGUGAGAUGAGGGCCAAGACGCUCAAGGAUCCAGCGGCGCGUCAAGCUGUUGAUUCGUUCUACUUUUACUGUGCUCAAGAGGCGGAGAAGAAGGGACUUACAGAUGAAUUUCGACGACAGGUGCUGCGCUAUUUCGAUGAGGAGCUUUUUGUCGGUAAAGACGAAGAGAAAGGAAAACAUUUUGUGCUUGGAAAAUCAUUGAAUGAAGCAGUGUUUGGAUCAGUGAUUAAGUUACAUUUAGCUGGUGGAGACACCGAGGCAGCAUGGAUGCUGAUUAACAAGCUGAGACGUGCCGUGAAGGACGCAGCAGUGAAUCAAAUACCGAAGCUGCAUUUUCGGACGAUAAGUCCAUUGCUCGAGUAUGGGUGUAAAAACGAUCAGUUUUUGAGCGCGUACUCAAUAUGGGAGCAGCUGAAACGACAUGAUGUGAAGUGGACAAGUGCAAUGGAGGACGUGCUGGUGCAGAUGGUGAUUGCGUGUGUGAAGACCAACGAUGAAAAGCUGAGCGAGUAUCCGGAGGUGUCGGCGACUGAGGCAAGCAAACUGUGUUUUCACGCACAAAUGACAUCUUUGUUGCAUGAUCUGCAGCUAACGUGUCGAGAGGUAUCCAUAGCGAACGCUCAGCGGUUGUCGCAUGCGUUCCGUGAUGCAAAUUAUAUUGUAGAGACUGUGCAAAGCGAUGCACAGAUGCGAUUUCAGUGCCCGUGUUGUGGACACACAUUGAAAAAGCAGGGGAUGUCGGAGCCUGAACGUGAGCACAUGCUGGCUGCUAUUGAAUCUCGCCGCAGCAAGGUGUCACCAGAAAAUGAAGUGAAAGAGUUUUUGACGCCAUUUCGAGACUGGUUGAUGCUUCGUCACGAAAACUUCCAGCUUCAAAAGUUUGGUAUAGAUGAAAAGGACGGCAAGCUUUUGCACUAUGUGCUGGACGGGCCGAAUAUUGCAUACAUUAACCAGAAUUUUGGAGACGGGACGUAUCGUUUGGACCAGGUUGAUGCUGUGGCGAAAGAACUUGAGGCGGAGGGUCACCUUGUUAGCAUCACGAUGCCUGCGGCUUAUCUUGCUGACAAGUUUGUGGUACGUAUUCGCACCAAGCACUACAAGGAAAUGCGUCGCCAGGGAAAAUUUGUUACUCGUGAGCGCAGGCCUGAGGAGAAGGCAAUCUUAGCACGCUGGUACGAUGCAAACAUGAUCUUUAGCUGUCGUACCGAUUUUUUAUCGGACGAUCUCUUUUGGUUGUACGCUAGCGUGCUAAUGGGACAAGAAGGGCGCGUGGUCACAAACGACCAAGGUCGUGACCACGUAUCCGCUCUACUCAACGGCUAUAGUAGUACGAGCGCGAAAGCUCAGACUCAGGAGAAUGGCAAGAAAAGCACAGACAUAAUGAAUACACACGCAGGUGUUUCAUCCAUUUCAAUGGACCUUAUCGCUCGGUGGAAGGACAUGACGACCGUGAACAUCGAGAUUGAGCAUGAUGAAGUUGCGUAUGCUGCAAAUGCUGGAGGUGAUUCAACUGGGCUCAUACCCAUUGACUCUAUCCGACUGCUCCAUCCGCAACCAUUCUCGCGCGUACCUCAAGUGACAGCACCGCAGCAUUUUCACUUUCCAAUUGCAGACCAAGCAAAUCAAAAUAAGCAUCCGAACCAGGUGCAAAACCAGAGAAAACGGACGCGAUGGCUUUGCGCACAUACAUUAUGUGAGACAAGUAAUGACACAACACAUCGACUGAAGUGUAAUGACAUUAUACAUGGUAUGUGCACAUAA